GGGGGCAAUUGCAUGCAAACGCAGUCCUGACGAUCUAACUCACUCCACAGCUCUUGUGAGCUCAGAAACCUAUUGUUUUAUUUUCCCGUAUCGCAUCCCUCAACAAUAAGGUAGAGGUUUAAAUAAUGGUGGGACUGUGGACCAAGAGGGUGAAGUCAAAUUAUGAGUUGGAGUCAGAAUGGAGGGCUCUAAUGAUGCUGAUACACAAUGCAGGCGAUCAUUCCGGCCGCUACACAGAACUUGUGUCAUUGUUUCUGAAGAAAUCCAUGUUCAUAUUUUCACAUGAUCACAUUGGCCAUGGACAGAGUGAAGGGAAUCGUCUUUGGGUGUCCGAUUUCAGAAUAUAUGUCCGGGAUUGCGUACAGCAUCUUGAUAUGAUGAAGAGAAAAUUCCCACGUCUUAAGAUUUACAUAUUUGCAGUUUCCAUGGGAGCAUUGGUUGCAACCUAUGUUUUCUAUGACAGACCACUUGACAUUUCUGGGUUGAUUUUUAUUGCGCCUUUGGUGUUAAUGAACCCCACAUCAGCUACACCUGGCAAGAUGUUCUUCUCCAAAAUGGUGAACCACCUGUUGCCAAAUGCUCCUCUGGGUUACAUCGAUCCCCGCGCAACAUCGAGAGACGAAGCCCAGGUGGAAGACUACAUAAAUGACCCUCUCAACUGCCACGUACCUGUCAGGGUACGAUUCGCUUUUGAAGUGUUAACUGCACUGAGCAAAGUCGAGAAAGUAUUUCCCAUCAUCACAGUGCCAUUGCUGAUAUUACAUGGUGAAAUGGACAAACUGUCUGAUGUCAGGGGGUCCUAUAUCAUGUAUGGAAAAGUAGCCAGCACAGACAAAACAUUUAAGGUCUUCAAUAAUUGUUUUCAUGAGCUCCAAAACGAGUUGCCAGAAGUGGUUGCUGAAGUUAUGCUCCUGAUUGAUAAAUGGCUGGAGGAAAGAUUACCAAAGCCACAGGAAGUCAAUAUUUAACAUGAAACUGCGAAGCAUAAAGAGGAAGCGUUUCAUUUACCUUAGGGUUGAAUACACUUGGGGUAAAGAGGGUGAAGGGAGUUCAACCAAUUCCAAACCAUCUAAGCAACAAAAUAAAAGCUUUUUGAUAAAAGGAAUUUCAUGGAAAAAGAAACAUCUGUUCAUCGACUUAGCAUGCUGCAGAACUUUACGAUUCGAUACAACCA